UCUGAUUGGCUGACGCUCGACAUUGCCGUACAUGGUAAAAGAGAUUUCGCAAUCCUUCUCCUCUCCAUGUUCUAAACAAAAACACUCCGAGCGCACACAGACGGGAUUUAACGCAAACUUUCUGCCUCAACGUUACCCCAUUUGACGGAUGGUUGAGCCCCCCGCCGCCCCGUGAAGGCUCCGUGGAAAAGAACUGAACGACUUCCUGCCGCCACUGUUUCACUGCACACCUGAGGAGACUCGGACAUCAGCACCUGAAGGCAACUCCUCCCAAUGAGCCGGCCUCAGCCGAAGAUAACCACAGCUGACCACAACGCCGUGAGCGUCAUCCAGAGCCAGGCCCCGCCGACGGCCGCCACUUCCUCCUCGUCUCUGCCGGUAUCCGGACUGCAGCAGGUCCCGCGGCUCGUCCCCCCGAACCUCUCAGCCGGAGGAGGCGAGGCCCCCCCGCCCAGCAAGAUGAAGAAACCGCACGCCGACAAGGACAGCGAGGAGUACCGCCAGCGCCGCGAGCGCAACAACCUGGCGGUGAAGAAGAGCCGAAUGCGCAGCAAGCAGAAGGCGAUGGACACGCAGCAGCGCGUCAACGAGCUGAAGGAGGAGAACGAGCGGCUGGAGGCCAAAAUCAAACUGCUGAGUAAGGAACUGAGCGUGCUCAAAGACCUCUUCCUGGAGCACGCGCACAACCUGGCCGACAACGUGCAGCCGCCCGCCGGUGCAGGGGGCUCCAGCCCCGCCCCCAACAAUGGCUCGGCCAAUGGGCAGUGAGAGGGGCGGAGCAACAAGAAGGGGCGUUCGCUCGCUGCAGCUUUUCUGGGAACUUUGGAAACGCGGCCUCACUUCUUCGUCUUUACGGCUUUACUUUUUGUUUUUAUUCACAUAUUUAACCCCGUAAUGCCCCGCCCACUUCACAACUUAACUCUGGUUCCUAAUAAUUGAUCAUAUUAAUUGAAAUAAAAGCAGGAGCUGAAGUUUUUGGAAGAAAUGAUAUUGAUUGAUUGAUUAAUCAAUAUUGUUUAAUCACCAAUGAUUCAUUUUAAAAUGUAUUUAUUGAAUUCAGUAACAAAAGUCUUUUAAAACUUAUAUUUUUAUGGAUUAAAGUUCGGCCUCCUUCACUUUCUGGAAUGUUUGUGGACUUUUUGGACGCUGAUCUGACGCUGUCAUCAUGUGAGAAGCCAAAAUCGAUCAAUUGAUCGAUGGAUUGAUUGAUUGGAGGAGACAACGUGAGCUCCUACAAACUGAGACGUCGUCCAAUCAGGAUUCACUCUGAGUGAACCACAGAAACUGGAGUUUUCCUCUUCCUGGAUGUGGAACUGACUCGCCGCCGCCGCAGGAUGACGGUGUAAAUUCCCUUUUUCUAGGAUGUGUAUUUUCUUCUGUUCUAAAGAGUUUUUGAGAAAGUUUUUAAGGUUCAGUCACUACGUGUCGAAGCUCAGAGGACUGGUUUUACAACCCGGGUCCUCCCUGAGUUUAAUCACAUGACUGUCUGUCUGAUAUCGGGAGGAACCGGGAGGAACCGGGAGGAACCCUGUCUGUCCUCUGAGUGGACCACUGCCUGGGUCUGAGCCAUAUCUGUGUCUGUUCAUUAUCGUACGGUAAAGCACGCCGCCAUCACUCUCACUGCUGUGAAGCCUGCUGGGAGUUCAGGGUGAGUGAGGAUGGAUCCAGGAUAGUUUUAUAAAAUCUAUUUAUGAACGUUUGUGUCACUGAUCAGUAAUAUCUGAUCAGUGAUAUCUGAUCAAUAAUAUCUGAAGAACAGGCCACAGAUAUGACAAUAAAACCCAGGUUGUGUUAAAAUGUUGAUCUGUCAGCUGGUGACUCCGCCCACUCUCACCUCCACACGUGUGUGUGUGUAUGACUGUGUGUGUGUGUGUGUGUGUAUGACUGUGUGUGCGUGUGCGUGUGUAUGACUGUGUGUGUGUGUGUGUGUGUGUAUAUGACUGUGUGUGUGUAUAUGACUGUGUGUGUGUGUGUGUGUGUGUGUGUGUGUGUGUGUGUGUGUGUGUGUGUGUAUGACUCUGUGUGUGUGUGUGUGUGUGUGUGUGUGUAUGACUGUGUGUGUAUGACUGUGUGUGUGUGUAUGACUGUGUGUGUGUGUGUGUGUGUGUGUGUGUGUUUAUGACUGUGUGUGUGUGUGUGUGUGUUACUGUGUGUGUGUGUGUGUGUGUGUUACUGUGUGUGUAUGACUGUGUGUGUGUGUGUGUGUGUGUGUGUAUGACUGUGUGACUGUGUGACUGUGUGUGUGUGUGUGUGUGUGUGUGUGUGUGUGUGUGUGUGGUGGAUCCAGACUCUCUGCAGUUGAAUUAAAUCCAGUUGUAAUCAGUAACCAGUCGGGACCGGUCCGACUCCGCGGCCUCGCAGUGGAGGAGGAGUGUCGGGGUCCGCCACUGUCACAGACUUUAUAAUUAUGAUAUUUGUGCGAGCGGGGAGUGUCUGUCUGUCUGUCUGUCUGUCUGUCUGUCUGUCUGUCUGUCUGAGUCCUGCUGCUCCGCUCAGCGUUCCCACAGCGUUCCCACAGCGUUCCCACAGCGUUCCCACAGCGUUCCCACAGCGUUCUUGGUGCUAUGUUUGGAACCAGCCUGUUUUUUAAGACCUGAUGUUUUUAUCAGAAAGUUAAAAAUGUUUUUGUAGAAUUAAUUUAAAAUCGAAGGCUGAAGGAAAUCUUUUGAAAUCAUGAAUUUUAGGCCACAAUAACCCAGGAAAUCCUGCAGCCCUAAAUACUACAAUACCCAUGAUGCUCUGCUGCUGUUGCUGUGGAAGGCAGACACCGCUGUAGUUACCGUAUUGAUCCAGAAUCUGACCGUGGACUGAAGUCAACUACUGACAGAAUGUGGAGCUCUGUGAAUGGCUGACUGUCAGUGAAAUGCAUCAUGGGAGUCGUAGUUCAGUGUCUCUCAAAGAAGCAGAUGUUUGUGGGAACGUUGUGGGAAUGUUCCCCGCUCUCUGCCUUCAUCUUUUUCACUUUUGUAUCGUUUGUUUUUCUACACUUUAAUUCCUAAAAGCAGCAUGUUUGUAGAGUCUUUGCAUGGGGGGUUGUUCAUGUGAAAUAAACAGAUGAUGUUUGUUUGUUUGUUUGUUUGGUUGUUGGGAUGUUUGUCAUGUUUUGCUUCGGUCUGAAUGUUGCUGGGCAGCAUUUUCCUGUCGUCACUCAGCUUUUUUAUAUCAGAGUAAUCUGGGCUAACGUGCAUUGUAAAUUAAAAUUGAGUACAAAAGUUCAA